AUGCCAAGUUCUUGGAGGUCGCUCGCAAGCGCCGCGUCGAGGCAGAUCAAGACCUACGUCUCCCAGAAGGAAUUUAGACGAGCGUCUCCUUCCAGCAGGGGCAUUAUCGGUGACGAGGGUAGCUCAAGGAAACAGUCAUGGACACAAUGGGCUGGGCAGAAGUUGCGGCAGGUGCAAGGUGAAAACACGGGCGUGGAGCAGGUGUUGCUGUUUCCCGGAUGGGCCGCGAGGAGGUUCCACGAGCCUUCAAACAGCGUUAUGGAAGUGGACCGUAUAUGCUGGAUUCUCACUGCGCGCGAAUUCACAGAUGCACCAUUUGAGAUAGAAGUCUAUAUAUCGGGCUACGCUUCGCGGGCAAGCGGGCCUGGUUUCAAUACGCGUUCUGGAAGAGCGUUUCUCAAAGUCGCAACCAGUUUCGCGGCGAUUCCGAAGCUUGCGAUGCAAGCCAGUCAGGGUAAUGGACAGUCUGGAUGGACACAGAACACCCCACUAAGCAAGUCUACGGAAGACCUCCUCGCGAACAUACAGCUACCUGUCAAACCUGAAGAGACGGACGAGAAUGCGGAAGCCGAGGCACUGGAGAAACAGCUCCACGACCUCCGUUUGGAUCCCUCAAGCACCACAGAGACGGAGUCGCUCGCGUCUUCCUCGGGCACUUCUUCCAUGGACUCGGAAUCCCCGUCUAGUCCGGCAAUUUCAAUGACAGGUCCUGGUGCACACUUCGGCGCACUAUCUCCUUUAAUUCAAAGAUGGAAUAGGAACCUCGAAACACGCUUGCACCCAUUUUGGAAUUGCACAUCACUGUCUGCCCGGACAGUGCGAGUCUCACUUUAUGCCACAGAUCCCUCACUGUAUCAGCCGGAAGACCAGAGGACGAGCGGAGAUUAUAUCACACACCAGCCGCUGAUGCGACGCGACGUGGUCACUGGGCCGGACGGCUCGUUCCAGAUGAAGUUCCAUGUCUCAUGGGAGACACUAUGUCUGCAUCCUGAAGGUGUCCACGUAGCAUUCGGCGACAGACGGCUGGAGCAAGAUCUAUUUGUGGUCGCUGAGUUGAUGGCACUUCCACCUCGGCCACCACCCAAUACCACACCCUAUCAACCACCUCCUCAGUAUUCGCCCUCGCCGUCCGCAUCCUCAUCGAUACCAGUCCCUCUUACAUCUUCAAGAGUGAGGGUAAUUUCGGAUAUCGAUGAUACAGUGAAGCUGGCCAGCGUGCUGAGCGGAGCUCGCGCAGUGUUCCAAACCGUCUUUGUGAAGGAUCUGGAUCAGAGCAUCAUUCCCGGCAUGGCGGACUGGUAUAUGAAGAUGUGGAGACGCGGCGUACGGUUCCAUUAUGUUUCGAAUGGGCCAUUUGAGCUGUUACCGAUCAUCAACCAAUUCUUCCAAUUGAGCCAUCUUCCGCCGGGUUCAAUCAAGCUGCGGUCAUACGGAGGCCGCUCGUUAUUCACAGGCCUUCUCUCCGCUCCAGCCGCUCGUAAACGCGCUGCAGUAGUUGAGGUGCUGGAUAACUUCCCUGACGGACAAUUCAUAACAGUCGGGGACUCGGGAGAACAGGACCUGGAGCUCUAUGCUGAUAUUGCACGCGAGCGCCCUAGACAGAUCAUAGCGAUCUUUAUCAGAGACGUUAUGGUGGACAGCGACUUGCCACCUCUGGAUGACCCCACAGGUACAAAAGCGCUUGUGCGGAAAGUGCAGCGUCAGAACACAUCUUCCUCCGCAUCCUUGAUGCCAGUACGCUCCACAGCAAGGAAGAACUCCCUAUCUAGACCCAUGACUCGUUCUGUAUCAGAGCAGCAAAGUGUCUCGGCCCCGCGGACUCCAAAGAGGACGCACUCGUAUAGCGAAGUACCACUGGAUGAUCAUGAGGCAUCACUUCGUCUUUUCAACUCGACAUCAAUGGCCGCAUCGCCUAUCAACGAGGAGCCCGAGGAUUUCUAUCCCGAGUCCCUUCCGCCUCUCGCUAACGAGCAGCAGUUCGGCGAGUUCGAUUCGGAUCCAAGACCAUACCUUACCGAAGCAGAACGCAGACGGGAAGAACUGCAGAGACGUGUAUGGAUUGCGCGUGGUGCUGUCCCAGCCCACAUUUCUUUGCGUGUGUUCAGACACCCACAAGAAUGUGUAGAAGCCAUGAGUAUCCUUGAUGGUCUGCAGGUAGGAUGAGGGGGCGGUGGUUCACUGUAGUAGUCGCACUUGUAUCCGGCAAAAGACUACUGCAGACAUAACAUGCGAGAGCACAGAAACAUAAUUACAACACGAUAAUGGGUAUAAAUUAUGCAGGUUGUCCAUCUGACAUUUUCUCCUCUACCUGCACAUGUUUCGCGGCCGCCAUCCGUUGGAGGGCAGCAUCAAUCGCGUUCAACAUGUCCCGAAGUUCCUUC